ACUGUAAGCAAAAAUAUUCCAACUGGUCUUGAUAGCUGGGUUGGCUCAUAGCAACCAUGAUUGUGAUGGCCGGCAGUAAUGCCCAGAACGGCCCAGAGCAGCAUAAUGAUGGCCUGAGGCAUCAUAGCCACAAUAGCACACAGUGCCCAUGAUGGCACACAGCACCCGCAAUGGCCUGCAGCAGGCGAGGCAAGUGCUUUCUAAACCUAGUGUAACAUUUCAAUGGCUACCCAGAUGACUGAUGGUCAUCGACGGUUCCUGCAGGUGCUGAUGUCUCAUGGAAUAAUGGAAGGGUCGGUGGCUAGAACGUUACACAGGGACUGCUGUGAAAUCCAUAAAGUCUACUAUGCUCACGAUAAACUGGAUGACUUCAUCAAUGUUGUUAACAUCCAUGUGCAGCCUUUCUUUAUGCAGAUCCGGAAAGGAAUGUCUGAAGACGAUGGGAGAACAUAUUACGCAUUGGUGAACCUGGCAGAAACUGAAAUAACUAAGAUGGCAUCUGACUAUACAGAAAAUGAGUUAGAAUUGUUCAGAAAAACUAUGGAUGUGAUCAUCAUAUCAGAAAGUGGCUUUGCAUCUUCCACAGAUAUUUUAAACCUGGCUGACCAACUUAAAACAAAGAAAAUGAAGAAAAAGGAAGCAGAGCAAGUGCUGCAAAAUUUGGUGCAGGAUAAGUGGCUCUCUGAACGAGAUGGGGAGUACACGUUGCACACUCGCUGCAUAAUGGAGAUGGAGCAAUACAUCCUCAGCAACUACCAAGACUUGGUGAGGAAAUGUAACAUCUGUCACAGCCUCGCCAUCCAGAGUCAAGUAUGUGAAACCUGUGGAAUUGGAAUGCACUUGCCUUGUGCUGGAAAAUAUUUCAAAGCUCAGACGGAACCACACUGUCCCCAUUGCAAUGAGUUUUGGCCACAUGAGAUUCCAGAAAUAAAUCGGCCAGAUUCCCAGUUGCCUUCAAGUGCCCUGAGGGAGAGGAGAAGAACCCCAUCCUCAGGAACAAGGCGGCAUUAGAAAGACCAGUUUCAGUUAGAGCAGCCAUUUUCUUUCGCUGUCUUACGGAUGCCCAAUUGCAGUUUACUUCAGCAUUAGUGUAAAAUGUGUCAUUCUGAAAGUAGGAAUGCCUAGGGAACAAAGUCAACUUUCUUUUUAUGGUUUGUUUUUACUCGGCUAAAAUCUUGCUAGAAGUUUGAAAAUAAAACUGUUGUGACUUUGGCCUCCCUGCUCAAAGGUCCUGCUUAGUUCCAGCACUGUUAAGAAGGUCAGCAUAGCUACAGUGGAGGCUGUCAUGGUAUGUGUACAUACCUAUCAUUAUUGCCAAAGGGGGGCAGGGAGGCAUUACACCUGUGUAGGAAUGGGAGAUUUGACUGCUGCUGCUUCAGUUGUGUAAGCUGAGCCACACACAGACCUUUAUACUGUGCCCAGUCUUGUUAAAUUAAAUGGGGCUCUGCCCAGGUGCCAGGGUUCCAUCUGCACAGGUCUGAACGUGCAGCUGGGACAGGAGAGCUCAGUGCAGAGGAGUUUGUGCAAAUCCUCCAAAAAUAAAACUUUUAAAAAGAGACAAGACCUAUUUAGACUUCCAUUUUAAACUGUUUUAAAAUCUGUAAAAUCAAUGAGGUUUGUCAACCAUUCUGUCAUCCUGGUUGAAUUCACUGAAGGUGCCUCUGACAGGGCUCAGUAUUAACAUCUCAUCCCCACCUAGGUCCAGCCCUUCUCUGAAAGGAUGCUUUUAAAUACAGUGUGAGUAUUCACAUACACAUUCAUUCUUCAUUGCUGCAACUCUGACAAAGAGGUGGUGCCAGAAGCACAUCUCAGGGUUUCCCAAGAUUUAAGAGCAUCUAUUAAGUCUCCUUUUAAUACCACGAUUUUGUGAUAAUUGUUGGUUAUAAUAAAUAAUGCUAAGUUAGCACUUCUGCUGCACCUUCACUUCUUGGCUCUAAGCACCUUCAGUCUCAGUUUCGCAGGCACAGAAGCAGGUGGGUAGUCUUUUCAGCCCAGAAUGCCAGAGAGUAGAAGUUGAGCAUCUCUUUCACAAUUCCUUCUUUAUAAUUGUUUUUACAUAAUACCUCAGAAAGUGGUUUAGUGUGGGAGAGGAGCCUAAUGGGAGUGAGCACCAGAUGAAGGAGCAGUCUCCAAACACCACGUACUGAUUCCUUCACUGGCUCACUGCACCAGAGCUCAUGCUGAAGCUUCAUUCUAAGCAAACACGCACUUGGGGUUUGCAUAACAGUGAGAGAGAACUCUGCGUUUGCAAUGAUUAGUAAUAUCAGGGCUUUAAUCAAGAAAAUGACAUCUUCAUUUCAUAUUUCCCCUGUGAGCAAAUGGGCUUUUUGUUAGAUCAGCAGAUGAGAAGUCACUGCAGUUAUAUAUUAAUGUAUUUCUCCAGCAGCUAUUUUUAAAAAAUCAUUUUAGAAUUGUCUGUUUCCUUACAAUGGCUUGGAAGGGAGAGAGGCACCAGACCCUGCCAGCUGCAACAGUGAGGAUAGUAAUGAAUUAACUGCUGGUGAGAAUAAAAGGAGUACAGUCCAUCUCCCCGCAAAAGGGAACAACAAGUACUACAGCUGAGCUCUGUAACUGAAUUAUAUAAUAAUCCUGGGUACUGCUCUUUCAGCCCUCAUUAGCAACAGACUUUACUGCGGGCUUGGCUCUUUUUUAUUAUCGGAGAUUUUGUAUAAAUGUUAUCCACCAUAAUGGAAGUCAUGGCUAUGCAACUAUUAUUAAAUUCAGAUGGAUGGUAAACUUAC